CUUGGACUUAUUCUUGUAGCUAGAUUAAUUGUUUCAGUUCAACAUGGAUGGAAUUGGGUUUCCGGGAUUUCGACUUCCGCCGGGGUUUCGGUUCCACCCGACGGACCAAGAGCUUAUCAUAUAUUACUUGAGGGAGAAGGUCGCUUCUGCGGUGACUCCGGCGACCUCGAUCGUCGCCGAUGUUGACAUCUACAAGUUCAAUCCGUGGGAACUCCCUGACAAGGCCAUCUUUGGAGAAGGAGAAUGGUUAUUCUUUAGCCCGAGGGAUAGGAAGUACCCGAACGGCGCGCGACCAAAUAGGGCAGCUGCCUCCGGUUAUUGGAAGGCCACCGGCACCGACAAGCCUAUCCUGGCCACCGGCGGAUCCCAAUGCCUAGGGGUCAAGAAGGCCCUCGUGUUCUACAAAGGUCGGUCGCCAAAAGGCGUCAAGACUGACUGGGUCAUGCACGAGUACCGACUCCUAGAUGCCGCCGCCAUCUCCUCCUCCUUCUCUCAUGCCAAGCCCAAAGAUACCAUGAGGUUGGAUGACUGGGUCCUUUGUCGAGUCCGACAAAAAGGCCCCUUUCCACCGGAGACCGACCAGGAGAACAUACAAAGCUUUAACAUUCCGCAGCCCCCGGUAUUGAACAAUGAACAUAUCGGAGGGGAAAUGGUUAUGGAGGAAAGGAAUAUUGGCUUGUCGGAGUGGAGCGAUUACCAAGUCUUGUCGUACUUCAUCGACUCCCAACAAGAAGCGGAGAUUGCCUCAUGUAGCCUCGGCAUGGCUACAAAUAAUAACAACAAUGUAAAUCUUGAGCCUCACCAACUGCCGCUAAUCUCAUCGGUCCUCGACUCGGUUAAAAAGACACUUUCCUUCGGAGCAUUAGAUGAGCUUAUGCUUCGACUACCGCCGAGUUAUCAACCUCUGAACAGCAGCAGUAGCAUUUGCGAACAACCUUCGUCGCCGUCGGCUUCUGGCUCGAUCUCGGUUGAUCAAGUGUUUCCUCAGUUCAUGAUGUGAGUUCUUAGCUUCACCAUUGUUCAUAAUAUGCAAAAUUUAUGUGUUGUAUGUAUAGAGAUAUAUAUAUAGGGGAAGAGGAAGUUAAAACCAAUCAUAUAUACUUGUGUAUAGUGUAUGAUUUUUCACCAUGUAACCAGUCAUUGCAUAGUCUAGGUGCAUUCAGAUAUGUCGGUAAAAGUGAAAAUUUUCAUCAGUUAUUGUUCUGCAUUUAUAUGCAAUGUAAAUGAGAAAAAGUAUGGUAAAUAAGGAGAGGAGCCUUUUUGGCAAUUCAUCACCCUAUGUUUCUUAUAUCCUAAUUAGUGACUAAAUCUUGUUGUCUCCCAUGGUUU